AUGGAUGAUAAACGAUUAGUUGAUCAUUUUGCCCUUAUUGGUGUUGGAAGUACAGGUCCUAUUGAACGGGAUGGAUUAAUUCCAACAUCAUCAUCAUCAUCAUCAACAACAGAUACAUCUAUACAAUUAUCAUCUAAAACGUAUGAUUUAACACCACAACAUCAACAACCAAUUGUUGAUAUAGCUAUUAUUGAUCGUACACAUGAAGAAGAUCCACCAGCUGGUUAUGAAACAAUAUGGACAACUCCAAAUCAUUUUCCAGCUAAUCUUAAUCAUAGUGGAUUUCGUAAUCAUGAAAUGUAUUUAUGUAUUAGACGUGGACGUGAUAAACCACCAAUAACAGAUAUUGGAGUUUUACUUGAAGGACGAGAAAAAGUUAUGGAAAAUGUUUCAAUUAUUGAAACAACACCUCAUGGAUAUCCAGCUAGUAUAUUCAGCUCAUCAUUUAGUAAAGAACGAACAUUAAUUACAUAUCGACGAGCAGCAUCAAUGAUUUUAUGCAAUACUUUAGCUGUUACAGAUAUUUGUGUUAUUAAUGAAAGCAAGGGUGAAACUCCUCCACAUUCAUUUAAUAAAAUAAAUAAAAAUUUAAAUCGCUCAAUGCUUGGUUCAAAUGUCUAUCUUUGUUAUAAAAAAUCUGUUAUUUAUCCCAUACGUAUUCAAUAUCGUCCACAUAUUCUUUAUACCUUUCCACCAACAGAUGAUGAUCCAUAUUAUACUUUUCCUGAUAAAACUCCUCUUUUCUGUUUUCCAAUGGGUGCAUUUAUUGAACGAUGGCCAUCAAAAGUGACAUUACAAAGUGUUGCACCAACAUUUUCAACAUUUCUAUUAUCAAAUACAAAACAAUAUGGUGCUUGUAUAUCAUUUUAUGAAUUAUUUAAGGCAUAUGAUCGUUUAUUAUUAACAAAUAAUGAUUUAAUUAAUCGUUUAGAAAUUGACAAUGAUCAUUUAUAUGCAUCGACAUGUGUUGUUAUUUUUUCACGUCAUCCAUUUUUCGAUACUCUGAGACGAUUUUUAUUUAUAAUAUAUCAAUUAAUUGUUUCAUCGGGUAGGACAACAUCGAGUGAUAAUCAAUUAAUUGAUCGUAUACCAUUAAUUGAACAGUAUUUAAAACAUUUUUUUAAUGAUGUACCAUUUCCAUCACCAUCAAAGCCAAGAAUAUUUGUCCAAUAUGAUGAACCAUUAUUAAUUGUUCUACCCGAAGAUAAUGGUUUACCACAGAAUGGUGCAUCAUUUGUUGAUCUUUUAAAAAAUUUAGGAACAGAUAAUACAUUAACUUUAUUUUUAUUUGCUUUAUUGGAAUCGAAAUUGCUUAUACAUUCAUUAAGAUCAUCAGUAUUGACAGGCGUUGUUGAAGCAGUGAAUAGCAUGGUCUUUCCAUUCCAAUGGCAAUGCCCAUAUAUACCAUUAUGUCCUGUAGCAUUGAGUGAUGUAUUGAGUGCACCAAUUCCAUUUAUUAUUGGAAUCGAUUCACGUUAUUUUGAUGUUUGUGAACCACCUCCUGAUGUUAUAUGUGUUGAUCUAGAUACAAAUAUUAUUAUUGGAGGAACUGAAGAACAAAAACAUUGGUCUGUAAAAAUGUUUCCAAAAAAACCAUUUAAACAAUUAAAACAAUCAUUAGAUGAAAUUGAAUGUCAAGUACUUGAUACAUAUCAAAAACGUUUAUAUGAUCUUCGCACACGUUUAAAACGUAAUCGUAAUGAUUUUGAAUUACGUAUACAAAUGAUUCAACUUGAACGUAAUAUGGAAACACGAAUACGUGAUGUAUUUCUUCGUUUUAUGUGUACAUGUUUUUAUGGUUAUAAACAAUUUUUACGUCCAAUAUUACGUCGACCAAAUCAAUUAUCAACUGAUGCAUCUGUUUUAUUUGAAUUUGAUAGUUUUUUACAUUCACGAGAUUCAUCUUAUGCUAAAUUUUAUUCAUAUGUUUUACGUACACAAAUGUUUAGUCGUUUCAUAGAAGAACGUUCAUUUUUAUCAUCAAGUACAUUAAAUCAAUCAACAUUAAUUAAUGAUAAUGUUCAUCAUAAUUACAGUUUAGCAUUUUUUGAUGAAUGUUGUACUAAAGUUAAAACAAGUAUUGAAAAUAAUGAACAACAAACAUUAUAUUUACUUGAUAUACAUGAUAUAACAACGAAUUUUUUAAGUGAAAAAACAACAUUAAUUUUACCAGAUUUUAUUGAUUCAAGUCAUUCAGGAACUAAUGGACAUAAUGAUUCAAUUAAUAAACAAAAUAAAUCUAAUAACAAUGGAAAUAAAAUACAUGGUCAACAAAAAACUGAUAUAACAAAUUUAAAAUUACCACAAGAACAAGCACAAAUAUCAUCAAUGAAACUUGUACCAAAUAGUCCUAUGGUGAAACGAUCAAAAUUUGAGAGAGAUAAAUGUCAAAAGGUCGCUCGUGAAAAUAAAACUAAACCUACACAAUGGGCUUAUUGUUUAUUAUCCAAUGUUUAUUCUCUAUGGUUUAUGCAUUUACCUACUAUGAUUGAAUGUUAUACAAGUUCACGAGAUAUUUUAAAUUAUGCAUAUAAAAUUCUUGUACAAAUGAAUCGACAACAUUUAACAAAUCCAGAUGAAAUUUGUUUUCGUGUUAUUAUUCAAUUAUGUGGUCUUUAUGAUUAUCCUAUAUUAGCUGUUAAAACUUAUUCAUUUAUGAAAAAAACUGGUGUAGAAUGGAAUGCUGUUACAUAUGGUGCUUAUAAUAAAGCUGUUUAUGAAGGUACAUGGGCACGACGUGAUCGUUGGGCAACAUUACGUUCCGUAUUUCGAGCUGUAUGGGCAUUCAAAACUGCUCAUCGUUAUCGACAUAAUCAACGUAAUCGUCGUCCAUCAACAUCAUCAUUGGACGAUGAUGAUAGUGAUGGUGCAAUGAGUACCGAUUCUAAUGUUGGAUAUUCACAUACAAGUUGUAUUCCAACAACUUCUACACAUCCUACUAGAACACUUGGUUCAACCGAUAAUCUCAAAGAUAAUCGUGGAAAUAAUCCUAAUCAAGAUGAUACAUUAUCAACUGUACUUUCAACAUUAGCUGGAACAAUAAAAGAUAUAACAGAGAGUCCAUUUUUUCCAAAAAUGGCUUUUAAAAAACUACCAACAAUGGAUGGAUAUAUAGAUACUAAGAUAAUUCGUACAACAAAUACAAAUAAUAAUAACAAUAUUAAUAUUCAAGAAAUACCAGAAAAAAAUUUACUAUCAAAUAUACUUGAUAUGCCAUCUAAACUUGAUUUUAGUACACUUCAAUCAAUUGCUCAUCAAACAGCUCGAUCUGAUGCUGGCAUAUUAAUGACAACAAGUGAUAUUGAAAUAGGUGAUAUUGGUAUGCUUUCAUAUCGUUUACCAGUUGCUCCAAGAUCUUCUCAAACACAUAAUCAAUCACAAUCACCACGUCGCUCAAUUUCAUGUCUUGACAAUCAAACACAAUCAAAUACACCAAUUAAAUGGGAAUUAACAUCAAGAACACAAGUUUUAUCUAAUGAUCCACUUGGUUUACUUAAUCCAACACCAAAAGUUCCUAUACCUCAAGUAAUUACGAAUCGAACAUCUUCAAUAAUGGAUAAACCUUUUGCUAAUUCAAAAUCUUCUUCAACUGAAAUAAAAUCAACUAUAAAUUCUAUUCCAAAAGAAGACGAAGAACAAGAAGAACAAGAACAAGAAAUAACAUCUCUAUUACAUAUUCCAACAUCAAUAACACAAUUACGUGCUAAACUUACUCAAAGUGGUUUUUCAGCAUUAUAUAAUCCAAAAAAUCUUAAUACAAUUAAAUCAUACGCAUUAGAUCGUUUUACUGAUCUUAAAACAUCAGUAAAAUCUACAACCAUUCCAUUAACACAAUCGAAAAGUCUUUAUACAGUUAAAAAUCCUACAAUUAAUAAAGAAUUAACAUUAGCAAGAAAUAAUAGUAAUAGUAAACUACGUGGUAGUUUGUCAUCACUUAUAUCUCAACAGAGUUCAAAUAGUUCAUCAUUAAAUACAAAUAAUAUCAAUGGUAUGGAUAUGAAUAAUAUACAUGAUGAUAUCAAAGCAUUACGUAUUGAUCCAUCAAGUGUUGCAAUACCAUUAAUAAGUAAUAAUGAUGAUAAUUCUCGUAUUCCAAAUCGAAUUAUUGAAAUUAGUAGUUGUAAUCGAUGUUCAGCAUGUAAUCAAUUUUUAUAUGAUGAAGAAAUAAUGAAUGGUUGGUCUCCUGAUGAUUCUGAAUUACAUACAAUAUGUGUUCAUUGUGGAGAAAAAACAAUACCAAAAUUAAGUAUUAAUAUAAGAGAUAAUACAGCUAUGAAUACCAAUAUGACUUCAACAAAAGAUGAUUCGACAGUAACAACACCAACAAAUAAUAUUACACAACAAACAAUGAUUGAAAAAAUGAAACAAUCAUUCCGUCUUCAACCAUCGUCACCAACUAUAACGGUACACUAUUUAAGUCCGCUCGUUCUUCGUAAAGAACUUGAAAAUAUAAUCGAAACACCUGAUCACAAUAAUAGUGAUCUAUAUAAAAUGGAUUUUAAAGAAAAACAUCCAAUUUUAUUUUGGAACUUGAUUUGGUUUUUUCGACGUAUUCAUGUAUCAAGUUAUUUAUUUCAAAUGCUUUUACGUUCAUUAUUACAUUUAUCAGAUAAUGAAAUAAAACGAGAUUUUAAAAAGAAUAAAUGUAUUUUGGGACAAGAACUUAUUGAUGAAAAAACUUCAAUACGUAUACGUUGUAUGUGGGAUAGUGCAAUAAGUCAUAGUGAUAUUGCUGAACCAAUGUAUAAAACAUGGGAACAUGAUGGUUAUGAUGGAUGUCAUACACCAGUUGCCAAUGCAUUAAUUACGGACGAGCAUAGUACCGUUACUGGAAACGAUUUAUUUGAUAAUAAUAUGGAUCGAGUAAUACGAUCAAUUGUUGCUUGUAUUGAACAAAAUGAUCUAUACAAUCCAAUUCGAUUAUUUAUAAAAGAAUCAUCAAAAUCAAUACGUCGACGUAUUCGUCGUCGUUCAAUGUACAGAGAAAUUCUAUUUUUAGCAAUUGUUGCACUUGGACGUGAAAAACUUUCGCAUGACGCAUUUGAUCGUGAAUACAAUAGUGUAUUUCAAAAAUUAAAUGACAAACAGCGUCAACUUAUCUAUGACUUUGAUAAAUGUCCAUCAUUGGCUGCUGUUAUGUGUCGUCGAUUAUUUUCAUCAUUGGAACUUUAA